UAUUGCGUCAUAGGACGUACUACGUACUCGGUUGCUGUGGCGCGGUCUUUUCUUUCUCUGUGUGUCUGUCUGUGUGCUCGUUUACGUCCCAUUUCGUCUUCUUUUUGCCGCUGCGCUGUUGCUGAGUGGUAGAUUUCUCUCGCGUCAGCCGUUGGUGUUCGUCUAGUGAGUAGAACCAGUUAUUGUCGUUUUCGUCAUGUCCUGUGUCCACUACAAGUACAGAAACAGUCUGGACUACGACACUAUUACGUUCGAUGGUCUUCACAUAUCUUUGGACGAUCUCCGUAAAGCAAUUGCGAAACAAAAGAAGCUCGGCAAAUCGACCGACUUCGUUCUGCAAGUUAUCAACGCACAAACGAAAGAAGAAUACAAAGGUGACAACACUUUAAUUCCAAGGAAUGCGUCUGUAAUUGUUCGACGAGUUCCAGUGGGAGCAGGAGGAAGCGAAGACGGCGGAAGUCUUGCAGCAGACAGCCAGGCAAAAUCAACAGACUUGAGCAAGACUGCAGACUUAUCGAAAGCUAUGGGGACCGAAGAGGAGAAAAUGAAAGCAAUGAUGGCUCAGUCAACAGAAGACUAUGAUCCAUCAAAAUACCAGAAGAUACGUUAUCGUCCUCCAUCAUCAUCAUAUGUCUGCUUUCGAUGUAGCAAACCCGGCCAUCACAUUAGAAACUGCCCCAUGAAUGGAAUCAAGCGAGCCACUGGUAUACCUCAGAUAUUCAUGAAAGCAGCAGAAAAUGCUGAUGUUCCUGGUGCCAUGAUAACUUCAGGCGGAAAGCUAGCUGUACCCGUUAUCGACAGUGUGGCGUAUAGUAAAGGCAAGAAAGCUACGGAUAGAGAUUUUCCUGUAGGCGCCAAAGUUGCAUCAGCUCCUGUAGUACAAAGAGUGCAACGUAAUAUUCCUGAAGAAAUGAUCUGUCCUCUGUGUCGGAAGCUGAUGACAGAUGCAGUGCUGAUACCUUGCUGUGGACGAAGCUACUGUGAUGAUUGCAUUAGAAACCAUCUGUUGGAAAACAAGUUUGUCUGCCCUGAACCCGACUGCAAAGAAACUAACGUCUCACCUGAUAAUCUCAUUCCUAACCGAUCUCUCAGAAAGGCUAUCAAUAAUUUUCGAAAUGGAGUGUCUGGGGCUAAAGGAGCAUCAGGAUUAAAACCGUCUCAAACAGAUGUUGAGCAGAAACCACCAAAGGCAGAGGCAGCUGCAUCGAAAGAUGUGGUUUCAGCUAAUGAAUCACAAGCAAGAAAAGAGGAUUCUCAAAAGAAGUCUCCAGUAGUUGAUGAAGGUAGUAGAGAUUCAACACCUGAGGCUGAUACGGAGUUGUCAAAACCACCAGAUCAUGUACCAGCUGCCAAACUACAUCCAGGAAAGGUUGAACAGUUUCCACACCUUGCACCUCCUCCAAUAAUGUCACGAAUGCCAGGCUACCUUCCUCCUCCUGGUCCUUUGUAUCCUGCCAUGGUAGAAGUACCAGGUCAUGGCAUUCCUUAUCCACCAGUCUUGCCACCUGGUCCUGUACCGCUUUCAUUUGGUCCUCAACCUCCAUUUCCAGGUCCUGGUCCCGGAAUGGUCAUAGAUCCUGGUCAUAUGUCCAGGUUGGAUGAACCACCUCCAAUGUCAGCUGAUGAAUUUUAUAGACACAAACUAGAGAUGAUGAAGCAGAUGGGUCAUUCAUCAUCCAGUUAUUCAUCACGAUCAUCUACUUCUAGUCGACAUUCAUCAUAUUCUAGGUCAUCGUCUUCAUCUCGUUCUCUCUCGUAUUCACCUAAACGUCAUCGAUCUAAACGUUAUGAUCGGUCUCGGUCAAGGUCUCUUUCUGUGUCAAGAAGACACCGCAGACGUAAGUCGCCUGCAUCUUCACAUCGAAGGAAUCAGUCUGGUUCACAUCGUAUAUCAAAACAUCGACAUCAAGACAGUGCUAAACGAACGGGAAGGCACAGAAAAAGAAAAUCACCAAGGAGAUCACGGACUCCUGUGAAACGCUAUUCGCGCUCCCCUCUUUAUGAUACGUCAAGAUCAGGCAGUCGGAUGAAACAUGGAACUGAACAUAAACCAAAGCACAGAAAGCGUUCAAGAAGUGCUUCUCCAGACAUUGUGAAGGUGAAGAGGAAAGAGAAGACAUUGAAACACAGCAGAGAAUUUAAGGAAGAGCGCACACAGUCUGCAAGGAAAGACAAUCCAAAGGCAGGGAGAGAAAAGAAACGAGCUAAAUUAGAGAAGGUAAAGGUGAAGAAUGUCACAACUGAACCUAGAGAGUUGCAUGAACAGAAAGUAUCACCAGAAGGGCAAUUGUCAGGUGAGGUUGGUGUUUCCGAUUCAGUAGCUAUCACAGACAAUUGUCCUACAGCAGCUGCUGUUGAAAGUGAUGUAAUUGCAGAAUCCCAAUCACUUAACUUGGGGCAUGUGCAAUCUCCAAAGUCAUGUAAUGAUCCAUCUGAUAAUCAUAUGUCAGAAACUGAGGAAAAGAACACAACUGAGGAAAAGAACACAACUGAGGAAAAGGGCACAACUGAGGAAAAGAGCCCAACUGAAGAAAAGAGCCCAACUGAAGAAAAGAGCACUGUCAUUGUACAACAAGAGCCUGUUAUAGAAACUGAGACAAGUAGUAGAGAUUCGGAUGCUAAUGAGGCUCACAGAACAGUAGAAACUGUAAGCGAGAGACUCACAACAAAGUCACGUCCAACAAAGGCAGUGGAUAGUUUACUGAAAGCUAGUACUGGCUUGUUAAAAGCAGCUGUAAUGGGUGCUAUAGCUGAUGCCCGGCAGCAUCAGAAGAAAGCACAACAUACACCAAAGCACAAACAUCUAAAACGUCAAAGAGCAGAACAACAACAAAGAGAUAUGUCUUCCAAUGAACGGGAGCCUAAGACAGUAAAUUCUUCAAAACCUGUGGUCUUUACAAAAAGUGAAGAAAUGGUUUCUAAAUUACUACAUGCAGCAAAGAAAGAAACAGCAGCUGUUCUAAAACCCCACAAGAAAGUUAUUAGGCAUCCAAAGAAUGUAGCUCAAGUAGAAAAGCCAAAUUUUCCUACAGAGAAGAGACCAGAAAAGCAAAGUCCUGAAGGUGGUCACAUGCAAGGGCAGGAAUCUGAGUCUCUUCAUGCAGAAUGUCGAGAAUCUCCAACAGAGAAUGUAGCAGCAUCAGUUGAAACCAAACCACAGAAGGAAGACACUGCUAGCCACAUUGCUUCACACAAACGGGCCAUGUCAGAAGGGGUUGCUGAUGUUACUGGUGAAAGUGCUUUAGGUGGCUCCGAGGCUGAUCACUCACCUGAAGUUGUAGACUCUGUUCUUCAUGAAGUCAAACAUAAAAACAAAAUGAAGAGAAAGAAACACCACAAACACCAUAAACAUCGACGUCACAGCAAGAGUAAGUAUAAUGAAGGGAGCAGAGAAGAAACAGAAGAGAUGGGAGAUUCAGAAAGCCGACUUGCUGAGGCAGAAACAGCAUAACUAUAUUUUUCAUGGGGUUGUAUUGGUAUUGCAUGGUGGUGUCAUUAAAGUUGGGUAUUUCUAUUAUUACUAAUUUAAACACAGUACACUACCACCAGAUUCUUCUAUGUAGUCAUUCUAUUGUACAAAUGGCUGUAAUACAAAAUCUUUAAAACAAACAAUACAACAUCACUGUCACUGUCACACAA